AUGUACUUAAGACUAUUUAUACUUUUUGCUUCUUUGUCAACAAUAACUUGUCUUGAGUGCCCAGACUUAACUUGUGCUUUUAAUUUCUUUGACGGAACUUGCUUCAUCCAUAGUGGUGACAGUCCAGUCUCUAAAAUUGAAUUCUAUUCAUGUUAAAGCAAUCAGAGAUGCAAUAUUAAUGAUGGAAAUUAUGCUUGGUACGACACAUAAAAAUAAGAUCACUCAAGUGGAUUACCAUCACUUUCAGCAAUGCCAAACAAAUAUACUACUGCAUAUUGUGUUAAGACAGCUAUUGCUGAGGCUAAUAACAAGGUGAAUCUUGUGCUUCUCAUGAGGACUGUGAUGUAGAGCUUGUUUGCAAAGCUGUUUCAAAAUGGCCUUAUCAAACGACUUGCUAAUCAUAUGGUCUUCAUGGUGAUCCAUGUUCAAGAGAUUUCGACUGCCACCCAAAGAAUUUCUGCUGGUAUAAGUUCUCUUCGGAUCCUCUAAGAUGCCAUUUAUAAUGGCUAAUUUUGUAAGUCUGGUUGGGCCAAGAAUUCCGACGGCGGAACAACGGCCUAAUGUGUUGAUCUUACUGUGAUUUCUUCCGACAUCUAUAGCAAUUAAACUUCGCCAUACUAAUGUACAGCCUCACUUUCAAAUAAUUAUUGCAAAUACUAUUAUGAUGGCUCAACAACUGAAUAUUUCCAAGGUUUAUGUGAGUGUUCUCUUGAUAAUUCUACAGGUUAUUGUCCAAGACCAGGGCAAUGGGAAACUGAUUAAUACAUUAAAUAUUUCAAAAUUGUAAAUCAAAACUCAAGAUGCCACACACUUGACAGAAACAGCAUGGAAGCCUAACUUGAAUGUGGCAUUGGAGACAGUGAAAACUUCAAGCAAGCUGUAAAUUGGAAACUUAAGUUUGAAAGAUGGAAUAAUACAGCUAGCAGGAAAGCGAGUUAAUUUGGCAAAAAGUACAGUAUUCUCCUCUCGAAUGAUGAAAAUGUAACUGAUGGAACACAUAGAAACUCUCAGUAAUUUACUGAUUUACAAGCAUUUAGACGUUCAGACUCAUAAGCAUAAAAGAUUAUUGAAGAAGAGGUGCCUACACCCAUAAAUAACCCAAUAAGCGAGAGGACUCUCAAAUCAAGUGAGACGAUUAGAUGGCUGAAGAUACGUUAUUAGAAUUCAGCAAAGACGGAGUCAUUAUAGACUAUGAAUGAGGUGAAGAGAAACAAAGACAUCCAGCAAAUUUUCAAAAGAUUUGAUGAGGACUAGUCAGGACUGUUGGAGCUAGAUGAGAUCAAUCAGUUAUUUCUAACAAACGGUAUAAAGCUUGGGAAGAAUAACACAAAAGAGUUCUUCAAGUUAUUAGACGCCGAUAACUCUGGGAGUUUAAGUGUCCAGGAAUUCAAAGAGUUUCUCUUUAACGACAAAUGCAAAGAUUAGUUCCGUAAUAUAAUGAGAAAUGUAAGAAAAGACCUCUAAAAUGAAAUAGUCAAAGCAAAAACUGCUGAUGAUCUCAUUGAUUGUACAUACGGGCAGUAUCUACCAUUUGCUUUUGAAGAUAUGCUUUAGCACUUGCACAAACUUUCUAAGAGGAAAUAAAUAUUGGAUCAGAUUUCAGAUCCCAUUAAAGUUAAUCAGAAGGAAAUUGCAAGAAAGGAUAUGAAUAAUUUUCUACGAUUAUUUAAAGAGUACUAAGGAAGGAUUGAGGAUGGAGGAAACAGUUAACCAAAUUAUUUAAAGCUGAGGUUAAGAAGAGGCAUUAAGAACCCUUUCAGCCCCAAACUUAAAAAGCAAUUGACUACUAGAUAAAGUAAAUUUAGCAGUUAAAAUCUAAACAAUUAAGGUUUUAUCUAGCCUUUUAAGAUUAUGGAUAAUUUUAAAUCACCAAAGGAGAUUGUGAUAACUGAGAAAGAAGAAGACCAGAAUUUGCACACUGUUUCAAGUUCAAGCACUCCUUUUAGUCCACCUUAAAUUGAGAAUUUCACCUUAUCUUCUGGAUUUUUCUUUAAAAAUCAUCAAAUUAAUCGUGAAGCAAUACGAGAAAAGUAAGAGGAGAGAGCUAAAGAGGAAAAUUACAAAGAAAAGCUAUAAGCUAUGUUCCCUUAAAAACAAAUUGAAGAUAUUGUCAAUCAAGCUUAGGAAAGAGGCAAAUUAAAAGCAAAAAAAUUGAUUAGUAAAUUGUCUAUGGCUGUAACAUAAAAUAAGAGUGACAUGGAAUUAAGUAAAAAAAUACAUCACAUUCCUUCAAUAAGCGUUGGGAAAAUUAGAAUUAAUCCUAGCACAGCUUUUGCUAGCGCUAGAAAUUCUAUCACAAAUCAAAAUGAUCUAAUGAGUCCUUUCAAUUAAAUGCCUAGUGCCUAGGAAUAUGAAUUUAAUGGCUAAUCACUUAACUUUGAUUUGAACAUUAUGCCUUAGUUGGUUAAGCAAAACUAACCUAAAAGAGCAAGGAAAAUAAAGAUAUUCUCUUUGACAAAUUAAAAUUCGAAUGAGAAGAUGAACAACUAACUAGAAGAUUUCAGGUACUUCUAAGAGGGACUACUAUAAUCUGAAAGGUUGAAUAGUAUAUCAAACAAUAUAGACAACAUUUUGGGUGAGAAGCUGAAAAUACUUAAAAAGGGGAACAAAACUAUCGCAGACUUGUUGCAACUUAACAUCAAGUCUAACAGAAAUUUAGGUGAGCAUUCACUUAAUGCAAGAGAUAAAUAGACACCUCAGUAGUAGUCUCUUUUCCACGAAUAAAGACCUUCUAUUUUUACAGAUAGGAUAUCCCCUAAGAUCAAGUCAAGAGUUCACUAUAAAAGACUUAUGAUGCAAGACUUGAGUAAAUCUCUAGAUAAAUGGUCCAUGCUAGAUGAGAAGAUUUAAUAUAAUAAAAGCCUGAGGAUGAUUGAAGGUAAUUAAUAGCAAAAGCAAAGUAUAUAAAAAUAAAACCCACCGAUAAAAUUGAUAAAUCUAAAGGCCUAAGGAUAAUUUUAACAAGAGAUCCCAAGAGAGAGAUAUGUUCAAAGAAUUCCAAUGACUAAUCUGAGAAUUAAUCAGAGAUACGGUCUUAUUCUCGAAUGA